AAGCUUCGACCAGGGAACCUAAAAAUGACGUCGUGGAGAGCACGCUCUCUCUCUCUCCCUCUCUCUAAAGGCGGAUCGGUUUUGGGUUCAACCCGAUUUUUGACGCUCUGAUUCGCUACCCGCGCGCAGCCACACAUUGGCGGGCGGGUUCAACUUCUGCCCAUUCAGUAGCGGCGAAGUCAGAAAUCAGAAUAGAGAGAGAGAGAGAGAGAAACACACGAAACUCAAGUCAAACCAAAAUUAGUGUUCCCUUUGACCCCCUGUAUUGACGGAGCUCUGAAAUCCUGAACUAAACUCUUCUUCUUCGCUUCCAGUUUCACAAGCUAAAAAUCCUCUUUCAGUAGAGAGAGAAAGAAGAGAGAGAAAGAAGAGAGAGAUGGGGUGGAGAGAGACGGUGAGAAAUGCAGAGGAGUUAGUGGAGGAGGCGAUGAAAGGGAACGACGCCUCACACGACGCAGCCCACGUGUGGAGGGUCAGAGAUCUCGCUCUCUCUCUCGCUCGCGACGAGGGUCUCUCCUCCAACCCACAGUCCAUGGAAAUCGUUGAGCUUGCUGCUCUUCUGCAUGAUAUUGGUGACUACAAAUACGUGAGAGAUCCAUCCGAGGAGAGAAUUGUUGAGAACUUUCUAGAAGAAGAGGGAAUUGAGGAGGAGAAGAAAACUAAAAUCCUCGGGAUCAUUAAGGGCAUGGGUUUCAAAGAUGAACUUGCAGGGCGUGCGAAUGGUGAAACGUCUCUAGAAUUCAGGGUUGUACAGGAUGCUGAUCGCCUUGAUGCAAUUGGUGCUAUUGGAAUUGCUCGUUGCUUUACUUUCGGCGGAAGCAGGAACCGGUUGCUACAUGAUCCUAACAUUCAGCCGCGAUCAGACUUGUCCAAGGAACAGUACAUGGAAAAGGAUGAGCAAACUACUGUAAACCACUUCCACGAGAAGCUCCUUAAGCUUAAGGAUAUGAUGAAAACGAAGGCUGGAAGGAGCAGGGCUGAUAGAAGGCACAAGUUCAUGGAGGAGUUUCUUAAAGAGUUCUAUGAAGAAUGGGAGGGAAAAGCUUGAAAAAGACUGCUUCUUUGUUAUGGGAUAUGCAAAGUACAAUAUAUAAUAUGCAUGUAUACCAAGGAGGAAUUGCUUUUGGCUAAUUGAACAUCUAACUAUUCUAGUGUGUGGAAUUUGCCAAUUGAGGCUAGCUGAAUUGGUAUUUAGUAGGUGUGCGAGUUGUUUUCAAUAUAUUGUCAUGGAUUCAUGCUA